AACCCACAGAAGAAGAACAGAAUACGUAAUAAAGUGAGGAUCUCUGGGUUGUUGCAAUGGUCAGAUUAUCAUUUUUUUGCCACAAAUUCCACAACCCGGAGUUGCUAUGAAGGUACAAUUAUUUUCCUGAUAUUUGUAGUUGAAAUUCUACUUACCGCAAUUCUCAGUCGGUCAUUGCUGUCAAGCUAGCUAGUUGACUGUCAACAAAUAUGCUAGUUAACGUUAGAUUGCUCACAGUUCUUUUUAUUUUUACACACGCUAGUUAGCUAACAAUAAAUAGAUAGAUAACUAGCUAUAUAUAUCCAGCUAAUGUUAGCUAUGUUGAGUGAGCUGAGUUCAAUCAUCUCUGUCUGUAGGAUUGAUGCUUGGUAACUAAUGCAGCUAGCUAUUAGCUACUGUCAGUAUGUAGCUACUAGGUACAGCUACAAUGUUGCCGAAAUAGGCUAACUAGUUAGCUAGCUACUUUAGCUAGAUUGUCUUCUCUAACCGUAUAUAAGAGCUAGCUAGCUAGAUUACACAGUGUAUCCAGGCAGUUUCUCGAUAACCAGUAUUAAUGUUCAAUGUCAUUACUAUUGAUGAUUACCCCCACGAGUCGACCAAGGAAGAGUAGCACAGUAAUGGCUUUAUGUUUUGCAUCUAACGCUAGGGUACUAGCUAGCACCGUUAAUCUUUCCUUGUUUGUGACUGAUAUUUGUGAUUUAAUACAUAGUUCAAAUCCUCCCUCCUAGGAAGAAAGCUUCUUGUCGAUUGAUUUUUUGGAAUUUAUGUUACAGUUGUCUUUAGGCUGUUUGGUUCCACAUCUGUAGAAAUCCUAACGCUCAUUGGGUGUAUUGACGUUUAGCCUUUAUAGUGGGAGUUAUAAUGUUCAUAUAAAAUUAUCACAUUGUUGCCCACUUAAUUCAACUUUUUUUUUAUUGUUGUACUAUCUCUCUUCAAUGAAUAUGCAUUAGUAAGGAUACGACCAAAUACUUUAUUUAAUUUAAUCAUGAUACAAUCUCAAACUUAGAGACAACUGUGGUAUUUUGCAGAUAUGAGUGGAUGAUUAGUAGAACCUUGUAUAAUUCAGAUCAGUAGGGGGCUCAAUGCAGGUACAAGUCAAUGUACACAAGCUGAUUUACCAGGAGAAACUGCACCUUCAAGAGAAACACCCCCACAACGCAUCAAAAAAAUGUAAAUAUGAAUACAGACUCACAUUUAGACUAACAACUUGAGAGCAGAAAAUGGAACAGUAUUACAACAGUAUUAACAACAGUAGUACACCAAUUUAUGCACAAAUUGACCUGUUGUCUGAGUAAAUAUAUUCCUCUAGUUGACUACUGCUCAGUACUAUUGUUCAUGUAACAGAGACUAGGAUCAAAAGUAAUGGGAAAAUGAUAGGGCCAACGUUUGGAAACGGAUUACCUCAUUGAUAGAGAUGGGAGCUGAACUGAAAUUUAGUUUGUGGAAUUAUCUUCCCAUGUUAAUACAGGGGAAUGCAUUCUCUAGUAUUAAAUGGCAAGGGAACAGAUAUCAAGUUAUCAUUUGCAGCCACUCAUCGAGGUAAUUAGUCUGUUAGUUUAUCUGAUGCAUUAAUCAUUUCUCCACUACACACCUUUGCUUUCUCACACAUUCUCCCCUGCAGACAAAGUAUCCCAUUUAGAGAAAGUUUGUUAGGAUGUGCUAGAUGUAGGUCUAUUUAGGGCUGGUCAGCAUGCAGUUCCUGGGCAUGUCUAGUCUAUUGUGCCGUCCUCAGUCACCACAGAGCUAUGGUCUAUGCUUUUAAUUUCCUCAGCCAUAACAAAGUGAUGCCUCCAGCCUCUCCUGUGGCUGCAAUAUUAAGAGUAUAAUAGCCAGUGUUUCCUUGACCACUCUAUUUUUAGGAGAUGUUUUAAGACUUGCAAUAACCUGUGUGCAUUACAUUGCGGCAUCAAGCCAAUCCGUUUGUAGAUUCCACUGUGAUAAUGAAUAUAGGCUGUCUGGUGUUUCACAGAUGGGUCCCAGCUCAAUUAGAGGAGGCUUGUCGACACUACAGGACUGUUGCUGGUGAUGUUUGACAGGGAUACCUCACUGAGGUGGUGACACCUUUUUACGUCUGUGGAGCUCUGCAGUCUCUAAACACUGCUGUCUGUGUUCUCCAGGCGGGGGCCUCGUCCAUGUGGGCUUCAUGCUGUGGUCUGCUGAAUGAAGUCAUGGGCACAGGGGUAGUUAGAGGUCAGCAGCCUGGGUUCGGAGCCGGUGCCGGACCCUUCCGGUUUGCCCCCAGCGCAGGAUACGCCACAUAUCCACCCACAACCUCAGGGAGCCCCAGCCUCGUAUGUAAGGCCUGUGGCCAGGCCUUCUCCGUCUUCAGGAGGAAGGUAGGUGUUGGGUUUGGGGACCAUUGGGGCAGCUAGUAGACUUACUGUGUGAAUGGCCUAUAUGAUUGUAGGCUUGUCCCAGAUGGUUACGGGUGUUUUUAUAGGCUUUGGGGUGACCAAGAAGGAACCUGAUUGGGUAUUUGAGCCAUAGAAUAGUUUAUAAUUGGUGUUGACUGAGGAGACACUAUCAAAUUGAAUACACCGAUAUUCUUAGAUAUUUUAUUAGAUUAGACUUUUGAUCAGAGUAGCCCUCUUGUUUCUUUUGCCACUCAUCCUCAGACACACCCUACUACAGUAGGCCUACAUGUUGUUAAGUAAGGGCCAAUGUUGAUUAGUUCUGUCCUUUAGACGUAAUCUGAUGUGUCCUCCGAGAGAGCUAAAAUAGGAUAUGCUGAAUACAGCCAGUUACGUCAUGAGACUCAUGAGACUGCACUUACUACAAGCCCAUGGCACAGCAGAGGUAAUUGCUACACUCCAAAUCAAAUUUUAUUUGUCACAUGCGCCGAAUACAACCGGUGUAGACCUUUACCGUGAAAUGCUUAACCCUUAACCAACAAUGCAGUUUUAAGAAAAAUAAGAGUUGAGAAAAUAUUUACUAAAUAAACUAAAGUAAAAAAGUAACACAAUAACGAGACUAUAUACAGGGGGUACUGGUACCAAGUCAAUGUGCGGGGGUACAGGUUAGUCGAGGUUAUUGAGGUAAUAUGUACAUGUAGGUAGGGGUAAAGAGACUAUGCAUAGAUAAUAAACAGCGAGUAGCAGCAGUGUAAAAAAAGGGGGGUCAAUGCAAAUAGUCAAAGGGUUGUGUUGUGAUGACAGAGGGAGAUGUCAUCUCCAUAUUGCAGGGUUGAAUUCCUUUACUCUGUCUGAACUGGUCCCUCUGCUGCUCUGAGUCACCAUGCCAACACAGCGCUUAAUCCUGCCAUUUGCAUGUUAUUACUGUUUGAUGUUUGUGACAUGAAAGAAAUAAACUGCCUGCCUCCCGUCCAAAUGUCUGGAGAGGGAGGGGAACAGAUACACAUGAUUGAAAAAUGCAGUAAUGGUAUAAAGACAUCGAUCUUCUGCUUCCUCAUGGCUUGUUGGAGCUCCAAUACCCCACAUCCUCUCAUCUGUCCAACAUAGCCUGUGAAAGUUAUAUUGAAGAUUAAGAACCUGUGUUGCUUUGACAUUCAAGGUGUAUAGAGGGAGAUGAUUGCAAGAUUUAAUGAUUGAAUGAGACAUGAUUUAGUCUUCCAUCCGCAUGAAUGUUUUAGUGGAGACAAAUUCUACAUGCAAAAUAUUGUAUUAGCCUAGAGUAUUGGUCAGGCUUUGUGGAUCCUAUUAAGGCACAGUGUGCCCUGGAGCCUACAUUACUCUUUGUCCAUGUCUCUUCACCUGCUUAAUGCGCACACACUAUCUCGCUCUUUCCCCCAGCAUAUCUGCUGCGACUGUAAGAAGAGUUUCUGCACUCUGUGCUCCGUGCUUCAGGAGAACCUGCGUAUAUGUGCCACAUGCCACUUGCUGAAGGGGACGGCCUUCCAGAGACCACAGCUGAUGCGGCUGAGGGUCAAAGACCUGCGGCAGUACCUGCUGCUACGCAACGUCCCCACAGACACAUGCAGGGAGAAGGAGGACCUGGUGGACCUGGUGCUGUGUCACCAGGGGACCGAGGGGGAGGAGGACCACGACAACUCCCGCUCCCUCUACACCCUGCCUCCCUCCGCCACACGCUCCGCCUCUGAGCUGUCUGCGCUCUCAGUCUCCGCCUCUCAGGGGGAAGCUCUCAGCAGGAGCGACAGCUCAGGGACUACCAACCAGGUACACAUACUUCUUAUACACCCUUCCCAACUACCAACCAGGUACAGUACAUGUUAUGCAGGUAGAGAGGGAGUGUGAAAGGUAUUAGGUGUGCUCUGGAAGUGACAGGUCUAAGUUAAGAGAUGACUGCUAUAAAUACCUGUACUUUACCUGUUCAGCUGGUGCAGAGAGCAGUAUAAGUUUGACUAUGAAUGGAAACAUAGUAGUCCCCAAGGUAUCAAUGGACUGAACAGCAGGUGAUUAAUCCUAAUCCCUGCCUGGAUUUAAGGAUUUAUAGUGCUCUGUGGAGGUUUCUGUCUGAGUAGGGCUGUUGCGGUGACCAUAUUACUGGCAGUCAUGAGUAAUGACUGCAGUAAAAUUCCAUGUGACCGUUGAGUCAUGGUAAUGUCCUCUUAUGCACUCAGGACAUGCAUUGGUAGUACCCAACUAGCUAACGACCAUCAGGUCCACAGGAGGCUGCUGAGGGGAGAACGGCUCAUAAUAAUGGCUGGGACUGAGCAAAUGGAAUGGCAUCAAACACAUAGAAAAAUGUGUUUGAUGUAUUUUAUAACAUUACACUGAUUACGCUCCAGCCAUUAACACGAGCCCGUUCUCCCCAAUUAAGAAGCCACCAACCUCCUGUGAUCAGGUUGCUAAUGGCCUGGUACUCGGGGCUCUGUUGUCCUUCUAACCACUCUGACAUCAAUGCAAAUGCAAUCGGAAAUCACAUCAAACUCGCCUUACUGUGGUUGAUCAAUUUGAAGAAAGAAGUUCAACAACAGGUUGAAACUGAGUGGGAAAACAUGGUCAUUGUGGAUGUUGUUUCAAAGCCAACAACAUGGACAGGGCUUUCUAAGGUGAUGAUUCAUUCAAAAACAACCCAUAUGCAUAUUAGAGCUUAUGCAUACUCAUAGGCUGAAAUACAGUAUGAGCCCAAGCCUGAAAAAAAACAACCUGAGUUAAAAUAAUGAUUGUGCCAUUAUACAAAACAUAGCCUACUGCAUAUUACGCAUGGCAGAAAAACAAAAACAACAUUAUUUAAGAUGUCUUUGCUAUGUAAUUAGUCUAGCCUAAACUCCAAAAUUACUAAUCGCCUUUGAGUGUGGACUGUAUUAUUAUGCAUACUGGAUGGAUUGGUUACUUAUGCUAUGCUCCAAUCUUUCUAUUCAUACAUUUGGGAGAGAAAGUAUUUUUUAUUUAUUUUAUUUCACCUUUAUUUAACCAGGUAAGCCAGUUGAGAACAAGUUCUCAUUUACAACUGCGACCUGGCCAAGAUAAAGCAAAGCAGUGCGAUUUUAAAAACAACAACACAGAGUUACAUAUGGGGGUAAAACAAAACAUAAAGUCAAAAAAUACAACAGAAAAUAUAUAUACAGUGUGUGCAAAUGUAGCAAGUUAUGGAGGUAAGGCAAUAAAUAGGCUAUAGUGCAAAAUAAUUACAAUUAGUAUUAACACUGGAAUGAUAGAUGAUGUGCAAAUAGAGAUACUGUGGUGCAAAUGAGCAAAUAUAAAAAUAACAAUAUAGGGAUGAGGUAGUUGGGUGGGCUAAUUUCAGAUGGGCUGUGUACAGGUGCAGUGAUCGGUAAGGUGCUCUGACAACUGAUGCUUAAAGUUAGUGAGGGAGAUAAGUGUCUCCAGCUUCAGAGAUUUUUGCAAUUCGUUCCAGUCAUUGGCAGCAGAGAACUGGAAGGAAUGGCGGCCAAAGGAGGUGUUUGCUUUGGGGAUGACCAGUGAGAUAUACCUGCUGGAGCGCAUACUACGGGUGCUUGUUGCUAUGGUGACCAAUGAGCUAAGAUAAGGCGGGGAUUUGCCUAGCAGUGAUUUAUAGAUGUCCUGGAGUCAGUGGAUUUGACGAAGAACAUGUAAUGAGGACCAGCCAACAAGAGCGUACAGGUCACAGUGGUGGGUAGUGUAUGGGGCUUUGGAGACAAAACGGAUGGCGCUGUGAUAGACUACAUCCAAUUUGCUGAGUAGAGUGUUGGAGGCUAUUUUGUAAAUGACAUCGCCGAAGUCAAGGAUCGGUAGGAUAGUCAGUUUUACGAGGGCAUGUUUGGCAGCAUGAGUGAAGGAGGCUUUGUUGCGAAAUAGGAAGCCAAUUCUGGAUUUAACUUUGGAUUGGAGAUUCUUAAUGUGAGUCUGGAAGGAGAGUUUACAGUCUAACCAGACACCUAGGUAUUUGUAGCUGUCCACAUACUCUAGGUCAGACCCGUCGAGAGUAGUGAUUCUAGUCGGGUGGGCGGGUGCCAGCAGCGUUCGAUUGAAGAGCAUGCAUUUAGUUUUGCUAGUGUUUAAGAGCAGUUGGAGGCUACUGAAGGAGUGUUGUAUGGCAUUGAAGCUUGUUUGGAGGUUUGUUAACACAGUGUCCAAUGAAGGGCCAGAUGUAUACAAAAUGGUGUCAUCUGCGUAGAGGUGGAUCUGAGAGUCACCAGCAGCAAGAGCGACAUCAUUGAUAUACACAGAGAAAAGAGUCGGCCCGAGAAUUGAACCCUGUGGCACCCCCAUAGAGACUGCCAUAGGUCCAGACAACAGGCCCUCCGAUUUGACACAUUGAACUCUAUCUGAGAAGUAGUUGGUGAACCAGGCGAGGCAGUCAUUUGAGAAACCAAGGCUAUUUAGUCUGCCAAUAAGAAUGCGGUGGUUGACAGAGUCGAAAGCCUUGGCCAGGUCGAUGAAGACGGCUGCACAGUACUGUCUUUUAUCGAUCGCGGUUAUAAUGUCGUUUAGGACGUUGAGCGUGGCUGAAGUGCACCCAUGACCAGCUCGGAAACCGGAUUGCAUAGCGGAGAAGGUACGGUGGGAUUCGAAAUGGUCGGUGAUCUGUUUGUUAACUUGGCUUUCAAAAACUUUCGAAAGGCAGGGCAGGAUAGAUAUAGGUCUGUAACAGUUUGGAUCUAGAGUGUCACCCCCUUUGAAGAGGGGGAUGACCGCGGCAGCUUUCCAAUCUCUGGGGGUCUCAGACGUUACGAAAGAGAGGUUGAACAGGCAAGUAAUAGGGGUUGCGACAAUUUCGGCGGCUAGUUUUAGAAAGAAAGGGUCCAGAUUGUCUAGCCCAGCUGAUUUGUAGGGGUCCAGAUUGUGCAGCUCUUUCAGAACAUCAGCUGUCUGAAUUUGUGUGAAGGAGAAGCGGGGGGGGGCAUGGGCAAGUUGCAGCGGAGGGUGCAGAGCUGGUUGCCGGGGUAGUGGUAGCCAGGUGGAACGCAUGGCCAGCCGUAGCAAAAUGCUUGUUGAAAUUCUCGAUUAUUGUAGAUUUAUCGGUGGUGAUAGUGUUUCCUAGCCUCAGUGCAGUGGGCAGCUGGGAGGAAGUGCUCUUAUUCUCCAUGGACUUUACAGUGUCCCAAAACUUUUUGGAGUUCGUGCUACAGGAUGCACAUUUCUGUUUGAAAAAGUUAGCCUUUGCUUUCCUAACUGCUUGUGUAUAUUGGUUCCUAACUUCCCUGAAAAGUUGCAUAUCGCGGGGGCUAUUUGAUGCUAAUGCAGUACGCCACAGAAUGUUUUUGUGCUGGUCAAGGGCAGUCAAGUCUGAGGAGAACCAGGGGCUAUAUCUGUUCUUAGUUCUGUAUUUUUUGAAUGGGGCAUGUUUAUUUAAGAUUGAGAGGAAAUUACUUUUAAAGAACAACCAGGCAUCCUCUACUGACGGAAUGAGAUCUAUAUCCAUCCAGGAUAUCUGGGCCAGCUCAAUUAGGAAGGCCUGCUCGCUAAAGUGUUUUAGGGAGCGUUUGACAGUGAUGAGGGGUGGUCGUUUGACCGCGGACCCGUUACAGACGCAGGCAAUAAGGCAGUGAUCGCUGAGAUCCUGGUUGAAGACAGCGGAGGUGUAUUUAGAGGGUAAGUUAGUCAGGAUGAUAUCUAUGAGGGUACCCAUGUUUAUGGAUUUAGGGUUGUACCUGGUAGGUUCGUUGAUAAUUUGUGUGAGAUUGAGGGCAUCUAGUUUGGAUUGUAGGAUGGCCGGGGUGUUAAGCAUAUCCCAAUUUAGGUCACCAAGCAGUACGAACUUUGAGGAUAAAUGGGGGGCAAUCAAUUCACAUAUGGUGUCCAGGGCACAGCUGGGGGCUGAGGGGGGUCUGUAGCAAGCGGCAAUAGUGAGAGACUUAUUACUGGAAAGGUGGCUUUUUAGAAGUAGAAGCUCAAACUGUUUGGGCACAGACCUGGAUAGUAUGAUAGAGCUCUGCUGGCUAUCUCUACAGUAGAUUGCAACUCCACCCCCUUUGGCAGUUCUAUCUAGACGGAAAAUGUUAUAGUUGGGGAUGGACAUUUCAGAAUUUUUGGUGGCCUUCCUAAGCCAGGAUUCAGACACUGCUAGAACAUCAGGGUUGGCAGAGUGUGCUAACGCAGUGAAUAAUUCAAACUUAGGAAGGAGACUUCUGAUAUUAACAUGCAAGAAACCAAGGCUUUUACGGUUACAGAAGUCAACAAAUGAUAGUGCCUGGGGAGUAGGAGUGAUACUGGGGGCUGCAGGGGUUAGCCUCUACAUCACCAGAGGAGGACUAGGAUAAGGAUACGGCUAAAAGCUUUAAGAACUGGUCUUCUAGUGCGUUGGGUACAGAGAAUAAAGUGUAGGCCUAGGCAAUGCCGUUGGUUCAUUAAUUGUGCAGGGCGGCUUACAGAGUUAGCCUACAAUUAUAGUGCAUUUGUAUUUGAUUUUGAAUAGCCUAGUAAUAGGGAUUAAAAAAAAAAAAGUAUUUUCAUAAUAAUAGGCUAACUCAUUACCUUUUAGCUACAGAAUAUCUCACCACCAUGCAUUUCCAUGUCCUCCCCUCUCUCCAUUCCUUUCACGAGCGAGCAGAGAGAGGGGAUGUCAACAGUUUAAUUAAAUAUGUUUUGUUGUGAAAACAUGUUACUAUCGAUGUUCCUGAACAGAUUUCACUUGGUUUCCCAAAUUAAGCACUGGGUAGCUGCAGGAACAAGGUUGUAGAGCCCAUGGCAUACAGAGUUUGGGCGGAAUAUCACCUGUCAUGCAGCGAAAGGCUGCAUGCUCCUCAAACAGUGGUUGAUGUGUGGAGUGACAUAACAGGAGUAGCCUUUCCGGCAUGAGUGAAAAAUGCAUUAGAGUGCAUACAGAUGACAUGUAUUUGUUCCCCUGCCCCUGUUCCUACCCAUUUGAUGAUGGGCUAUUGUAAAUCGAAACAAAUUUUACAUAUUAGUGAAGACUAGAUUACAUUGAGAAUAGUCUGAUGGGUGAAAAUAUGAUCACCUGAUGUGUGUAGCCUGAGGCAAGGAACAGAGCGCAAGUUAUUUUUACAAUAGCCUAUAGUCUCAUCAUGCAGGCCCAUAUAUGUUCUGAUUUCUGAGACAUUCUAAUGUUUGUAUCAUUCACAACUUAAGUUGCCAAAUAACUCUGAAUCUAGACUAUAGGACAUGUUUCAAAUGAUCACCUUUAUGCUCAACAUAGCCACUUCAUAUGCGCACUCGCUCUGUAAUGGGAAAAAUAUCCUUUCUUUUUUAUUCAGCUAAGUUCGAUUACAUUCUUCUUACUAUAAAGUAAUGUAAAAUAAUGGCACAGAACUUAUAAGCAUAUCUUGUCUGAUAAAUGACCAAGCCUAUGGCAUGGUGCUUAGCUAGAUAACAUACAGUAGGCCAACUCAUAUUCUGUUCUUCUAAAAUACAUUUCCUUCAUAUCAUAAUGUUUCUUUAGACCUGCCUAAAAUAAAUAAUGGAUUUAUUGUGAUGGUGUAUAUUAAAUUGAUUUAUUCUACUUUUUUAAAUGUAGAUGUUCCAAAGGCGUGCAUCAGUGGCUUGUAUGCAUGGAGGCCUGGAGAUGCUAAACGUGUUUAUGUUAAUUGACGGUCAAUUAUCGUGAGACUGGUAGCCUUUUGCAUGACAAUAACCGGCUGACAAAAUGUAAUGACUGCCACAGCCCUCCGUCUGAGUCAUGUGUUUGUUUGUUUUGUCUGAACAGGAUAUAGGAGACGCCACGUCUCUCUCCCUCCUGAACCUGGAAUCCAGUGAGCACACACCAGAGGUAAAUAAUAAACAUCACUCCCAGUAGGCUGCUAACUGUUGAAAAAUGUCCUCUCACAGCAUCUGGAGCUUAUUCAAAGGGGUGCAAGUUUAUCCUGUCCUAUCUGCCCCUUUCUCUCCAGUGCAGUGUGUCAUGUAUGUAAUGGCUUAUGACUCUCCUCUCUCUCCUGCAGGUGAGCCCUCAGAUGCGGACGCGAGCGCGGGCCUCUCUCUCAGACAUCUCCAGCCUGAGGGACAUCGAGGGCCUGUCAGUUAGACAGCUGAAGGAGAUCCUGGCCAGGAACUUUGUCAACUAUUCAGGCUGCUGUGAGAAGUGGGAGCUGGUAGAGCGUGUCAGCCGCCUGUACAGGGAGACCGAGGAGAACAGGAAGUCAUGUGAGUAGCAGUGAGCCUGGUCCCAGAUCCAUUUGAGCUGGCUUGCCAACUGCUAUGGUCAUUACCACACCAUGUUUGCACAUCAAAAUGGUGUACAGUAGUUAUUAAUCUAAAUGUGUUUUCUUUCUAUCCUCCAGUGGAAAACGUGAACACAGCUAUAACUGCAGGUAAAAUAUCACUCCUCUGUCUGUCUUUCGUGAUGAUAUGUAUAGUCUGUGUAACAGGAAUGGAAAGUACAGCUACUUGACAUGUAACCCUUCAGUCCUUGUCAGUGAUAUUCUAGCUCAGGACGUACAGUAUCUUCAUUACUGUACUUUAAUAUUGUACCAUCAGAGUUCCUGUAUCCCAUCAAUGCUUUGUAGCAAGGGUUGUUUCUGACUUGAUUUCUGUAGUAAAACAUAAAUAAAAAAGAAUCAGUAUUUAAUGACUGUUGCUUUACUCCUUCCACACAAGUGGUGGCCUUGCCCCCUCCUCCCAUCUGCAAUGGAGGGAUUGGAGGUAAAGUAUCUGAAAAAGGCAAAUCUUCCCCUGGUCACUCCUACUGUUGACCUGGUCACUCCUACCAUCUCAUGGCCCCUCAGCCUGCAUGUAACACAGGCAUCCAACCUCAUACACAGCCCUCAGCCCUUAGUGAUGCAUGCAGGGAGUAUCACCUUACUUACUACAUGUGGUCUCACCACCACUACUACUACUGCACAUCCAUCGUUCUGUCUUUGUAUCUCAUCCAUACCAAAGGUACCUUCAUGCCAUCUGAGCAUGUCUAGCUGUUGGAGGUCCUCAUUGCCCCUUUCCGUUGCCAAGUAAGAACCAGUCAUCCAAGCGCCAUCUUUAAGUUUAUUACCUCUUAGAAAGCCCAAGAUGUCUGAUAAUUUCACACACGUGUCUAUAAAGCUAAAUCUAUACAGCGGUAAGAUGUCUGGGGUCUGAAUUCAAACCUCCACUGAUACACCGUCAGGUGAUGAAGGGGGUCUCAUUGUCAUGGAAACCCCUCAUAGCGAAGCCUUUUUAUCAGACAGGGACAUUUCCAGGAGCCUGUAUGGCGCUUGCCCUCUGGUUUAUACCAGCCAUGACCUUCCUAAGAUAAGGGACCCUGGAUAAGCGAGCAAGGAGAUAUUUUAGUGAUCUCUCUCUCUGGCAGUGCCACUCUCUUCUACCUCUCCAGGGCUUGACAUCAUCAUCGCUCUCCUCUCCUCCCCUCUAUGUAUGGAAUGUCCUGUUAUUUUGCUUUCUUCUCUGAUUCCUCCCCUCUGUCUUCCUCCAGAUGGGGAGAAGGCCCAGCUGACCAAUGUGGAUGACAACCUGUGCAGGAUCUGCAUGGACGCCGUGAUCGACUGCGUCCUCCUGGAGUGCGGUCACAUGGUGACCUGCACCAAGUGUGGCAAGCGGAUGAGCGAGUGUCCCAUCUGCAGGCAGUACGUCGUGAGAGCCGUGCACGUUUUCAAGUCCUAAUGUCUCAACCCACCACUUCCAUCAUCAUCACCACCACCGUGUCACAUCUUCAACAAAACAUUCACAUCCAGAGAAACAGAUCUUUGUGUUGUUCUGUCCUAGUUGUGGGUGUUCUGUUGUUAUCCCCUGAAAUGCUUACAUUAUUUGUGAACUUGAUCAUGAAUUUGAGAAAUGAAGUGUUCUCAUUAUUUUUUUCCAUUUAUGUUUUGGGGGACUAAUCAGUGUUUGACCAAUGAAAAGGAGAGCAGCAGUCUACCCUUGUAUUUACCCAUUCCAUUCCAUUACUAAACACAUCCUUGACGUUUUGUUACCUACCGUAUCUUUAUGUUAUGCUUUUUCUUACUAAUGUUGACUUUUAAACAAGAAUGUGAGCUGUGAGUGCGCACCAUCGUUCCCAGGUACCUACAGAGUGAACCACUAAUUGUGACUUGUAACUCACUGUUCCUCCUGUCCCAAUGACCAAACCCAUCAUGUAAUGUCUUCCCAUAUAGAGGUCAAUUUUGAUUUGAAAGGAAGUCUCAUAUUUGUGUUUUAAUUCUGUCAUAACGGCAAUAUCCAAUAUCUUAUCUGCUCUUUGUCAUAGUCUUAGCACUGAAUGUUAAGAUGAAAAAGAAAACUGGUGCUAAAUACAUUCAAAUAUGUUUUUUUUCUGUUUGUUAAUAUACCAACUUGUGGAUAUCGUCACAAACAAACUUUUCAGGAAAUGGUCAAAAUGACCAUAUUUUCCCAUUAACGAACAUACAAUAAUGAAACUUCAGAAGCUAUUUCGAAUACAUUUUCUUGGUCCUAGAG